AUGGAUAAUUCCGGCAAGGAGAAGGAGGCCAUGCAGUUGAUGGCUGAAGCAGACAAAAAAGUCAAGUCAUCAGGGUCGUUUCUCGGAGGGAUGUUCGGGGGAAACCACAAGGUAGAGGAUGCGUGUGAGAUGUAUGCAAGAGCCGCCAACAUGUUCAAAAUGGCCAAGAACUGGAGUGCUGCAGGCAAUGCUUUCUGCCAGGCUGCAAGACUUCAUAUGCAAAUGCAGAAUAAGCUGGAUGCUGCCACCAGCUUUGUUGAUGCUGGCAAUGCUUACAAGAAGGCCGAUCCCCAAGAGGCUAUCAACUGCUUAAAUGCAGCCAUCGACAUAUAUACAGACAUGGGACGAUUCACAAUUGCAGCUAAACAUCACAUGACUAUUGCAGAAGUAUACGAGUCCGAGCUGGUGGAUAUUGAAAAGGCAAUUGCCCAUUAUGAGCAGGCAGCUGAUUAUUACAAAGGAGAGGAAUCAAACAGCUCUGCCAAUAAAUGUCUCCUGAAAGUUGGGUUUUAUUGCGCACAGCUGGAACAGUAUCCUAAAGCCAUUGAAAUCUUUGAACAGGUUGCAACUAGUACAAUGGAUAACCCACUACUGAAAUACAACGCAAAAGAGUACUUCUGGAAGGCUUCACUGUGCCACUUCAUUGUGGAUGAAUUAAAUGCAAAGCUGGCCAUUGAGAAGUACGAGAGUAUGUUUCCAGCGUUUUCAGACUCUAGAGAAUGUAAGCUUUUGAAGAAACUACUGGAAGCGCAUGAGGAGCAAAACAGUGAGGCAUUCACUGAGGCUGUAAAGGAGUUUGACUCAAUCUCUCGUCUGGACCAGUGGCAGACAACUAUGCUGCUACGUAUCAAGAAAACUAUCCAGGGAGAUGGUGGUGACCUGAAAUGAGAUGCCAGUAACACUGUGGCACACAUCCCCGCUCAUUCUUAUUGUUCUUGUGUGACAAUCUGGUUGAACACUUCUUUAGUAAUGCUAGCUCUAAUGUGUGCCCCAAUGCCAGUCUUUUACACAUCUGCCAGUUCAGAGGUAGAUAGUUCUGUAAUAAGACUGGCAUUCAGGUUACCAGAGUUACAUACUGUGUCAAUAUUGUCAAUAUUACAGAGGUUAUCCUUAAAGAGUUCUAUUUAAUGGCUGGUGUUGUCCUCUAUCCCUUUAACCCAACACAUGACGCAUCUUAACCACUUCUUAUUUGAACCUUUCACUUGUUGUGUGGCAUGAAAAAAACCCAGCAGAGCUUAAAUCUGCCUGAUGUUCACCUUAAUGUUGUCACUGGCAUCGUCUUGCAUGAUAAUUGUUCGUGUUUCAAAAUGUGGCCUCAUGAUGGUGCAAUUUAUUUUGAAAUCGAAAAGAUUUCAUAAAUUUUCAACUUCAGUCGAAAAUUUAUAUUGCCUUCAGUUUUGUUUCACCGUUAUUGUGCCAUUCUGUGUCAUCUGUUGCCUCUUCACUUGGUCUGUCGGAAGUAUUGACUUCAGUAGAUGAUUACAUGUUACAUCUCUGGCUCAUGAAUGAACAAUACAUAGUUAAGUGAUUUACUUAAGUGUAUUGGUACUGCUGCAGAGUUCCUUGAUCAAAUGAAUCUAUUAUUCAGAUGGAUAUACUGAUCUAUUUUGUUGAUUUGUUUGUUAACUUGUGUGUUAUUUUAUAAUUAUUCAUAUCUAGCUAUUCUGUACUUCACUUUUUUUUAAUGAGAAUUAUACUGUCAGUUAGGCCUGUUAUCUUGGUCACCCAAAUUAUUUUCAUUUUAAGUUAUAUCUAUAUCUUGGACACAGUGUUGAGUUUGGCUUCUACUGACAGUAUCUUGAAUCUCAUGGUGGAAUGUCACACCUGAAGCAUGUUGUAUCCAGGGUGUUUCAAACCUUUAAAGAACGUCAGGGAACACAACGUGUGGGAAAAACAUAUGGUGGUUUCUUACUGAGAGACUGGAACUUAAAAUAAAUGUGUUAUAUUGUGUGCUACCCAAUAAACAUUAUUGAAAUGUUG